GUUACAAAGAGAAGCCAUCCAGAGCGACAGAUAAAGCUUUGUUGUCAGCAUUUGACACUCUGAAGGAACCAGCUUCCAGCAGACAGUUGCUGGCCUCAGAAGUAGAAGUGGGCUCCAUCAAUGGUGCGGACAAAGACACGCCUCAUGUUAAGAAACGACAUCGACGUAUGAAGAGUAGCGGUGUUAAGAAAGAUGGUGAUGAUGAAGGCGAGAGUGCGACAUCGUGCGAGUUCACAAUAGUGAGCCUGGACGGCAAGCGGUGGCGCUGGGAGGUGUGCGCGGGGGGCGGCGCGGCGGGCGCGGGGGCGGCGGCUGCAGCUGAGAGGGACGCCUGGGUGGCCGCCGUAGAGGCUCAGAUAUUAGCUUCGCUGCAAGGACGGACGUCCCGGCAGCCGCUGCCGACGGGCGCUAACUCUACGGGCUUGGUGCGCGCCACGCAGUACGUGCGCCGCGUGCCCGGCAACGACCGCUGCUGUGACUGCGGGGCACAGGAUCCAGACUGGGCCAGUUUGAACCUGGGUAUUCUGAUCUGCAUAGAGUGCUCGGGCGUGCACAGGAACCUCGGCUCGCAUAUAUCUCGCGUGCGCUCACUGGAUCUGGACGAAUGGCCUUUGAGCUACGUGAGCGUGAUGGUGUGUGUGGGCAACACGCUGGCCAAUGCGGUGUGGGAGGCGGAGCUGCGCGGACACGCCCGCCCCCAGCACAACGCGCCGCGCGAGGACAAGGAGAGAUGGAUACGUUUGAAGUACGAGCGUCGUGCGUUCCUGGGUAGCGGUGAGAGCAGCGUGUCCGGGGAGGCGCUGCGUGCGGCGGCGGCGCGCGGCAACGUGGCGGCGCUGGUGCGUGCGCUGGCCACGCCCCCGCCCCGCGCCCCUCCCCCGCACGACCGCUCCCUCGCACUGCGCGCCGCCGCCGCCGCCGGACAGCUCGCCGCCGCUCAGCUACUCAUAUGGCACAACGGCAACCCCAACUAUCCGGAUGCGGACGGUCACGGGUGCGUGUUCUACGCGCGCGCCGCCGCCAACCAUCUGUCCGGCAUCCCCGUGCAGUACCCCACCAACCUGCAGCUGGCCUGCCCCCUGCACGCCUCCCCACCCCAACACACCUCCACCUCC